AUGUCUGCCGACCAAAUCUCUGACGAGGUCGCUCUGGACUUCCAGGAAUCUCUGCAAGAUCUUCAGAACAACAACAGAUAUGAGAUUAGCAACCUGACCAUCAUCGCCAAGGAGAAUACCGAACAUGCGCAAGCUAUAGCUAUGGUUUUGGAAAAGCACAUCAAGACGACUGCCCCUGGACGCAAGCUGCCUGCACUCUAUGUACUCGACUCAAUCGUGAAAAACGUCGGCACCCCAUACACAGUCUAUCUUGGAAGGAAUCUCUUCUCAACAUUCAUGGAUUCAUACACUCUUGUAGAUAGCCAGACGAGAAAGAGCAUGGAAGCCAUGUUGAAGACUUGGAAAGAACCCGUGCCUGGCUCUAUGGAUCCAAGACCAGUUUUCCCUGCAGAAGUCACUCGCACGAUUGAAAAUGCGCUCAUCAAGGCAAGAACAGCCGCGGUGCAACUGCAGACCAGGAAUCGCACUCCUCUCAACAUGCCAGGAAGGCCCAUGUCGACAAAUUACAGAAACACGCCUACCCCACCACACAAUGCUAGUCAGUUCCAGCCGCCUCCACAGGAUCCCUAUCAGAAUGGAUUCCGCAGCCAACAGCCAACGCCUCAACACUUCUCAUCGCAUCAGUUGCCUCCUGACAUUGCUCGUUCACUUUCGGCUGUGCUCAACCCACAAGAUGAUCUCAACAAGCUGAAGGCCGAUAUUCAUGGCUUGAUCCAAGGUUUCCAGUCCGAGUUCGCCCGUAACCCAUACGACUCCCAAGUGCAGACCAAGCUUAAGGCUCUUCUCGAUUUGCAAGCUGUUGUGCAAUCUCAACAACUCAACUCAGAUGCCAUUGGAAUGAUCAAGAAGCAGGUGGCACAGUUGCAGGCAGUACAAUCACAGCCCAACCCUCCUCCUUCGGCUACACCACAACAACCUCAAUGGCAGGCUCCGACUCCUGUCGCUCUCCCGUUCCAACCUCCGCCACCUAUCCCUCAAGGCUUUGCGCCUACUCCCUCAGCACAGCCGCCUGUCGCUCCUCCCGCAUUUGCUCCUGGUAUUCUUCAGCAGCUGUUGGCAUCUACAGCAAACGGACAGAAACCGAGCACACCUGUGGUCCAAGCUGCCUUGAAGGCAAUGCCACAUCCGCCUGCCAACCAGUCACCUCGUGCCGCUGCUGCACUUCCUGCUGGACCAACUGGCAAUCCUCUCCUUGACGCUCUCCGUGCUGCAAACAUCCUGCCUGCGUCAGCUAGUGCUACCCCUGUGCCUGCAUCGGGUCCUCCUAUUCCUCCACCAGCAGCUCCUCCUGCGCUAUCUAUCCUCCAACAACUUCAGGGGCUUGCUCCAAAAUUGAGCAGCACGCCUAUGCCGCCUCCAGGCACUCCUGCCAAAGUUCGCAUUCCCAUGAACGCUGCAGCUUUGAAGAGCUUCCGUCCAGAAGUCGUGCACACCCUCUACGAUGCACAGCCAAACCAAUGCACAACUUGUGGUCGCCGCUUUUUGUCCACCGACGAGGGCCGUGCCCAAAAGGCUCGCCAUCUCGACUGGCACUUCCGCAGCAAUCAGCGCAUCGCCGACGCAGCUCUUGCCGCUGGUCUCACCCGCAGCUGGUAUAUCGAUGAGAUGGAAUGGAUCCGUCUGCGCGAAGUAGAUGCCUCUUCAGCCGCUGCCGACACGACUUCCACCGCCGUCACUACGUCCAAGCCUGUCAGUGUGCGUGAGAAGUACAUCCCCGCACCCACUGGCGCCGCAGCCAAUGCUACCUGCCCAAUCUGCCAGGAGAAGUUCGAGCCUGAGUGGCACGAAGAUGCACAGGAAUGGGUAUGGAUGGACGCCGUCAAGGUUGGCGGUCGAGUGUUCCAUGCUUCGUGUCACGAUGAGGUCAAGAGAGCCAGUGGUGGAGACAGAGGUAGAAGCACUACUCCAGAUGCCGGUGUGCUUGGUAAACGAAAGGCUGAGGCCGAUUUGUCCAAUCUCAAGACCAAGUUGAAGAGAGAGGUUGCUGCAUAA